CCCGGGCGAAGGACAAGACGGUGGCCGAGAGGGCUAGGGGAGGCGGACGGUGGCCGACAAGGUCGGCCAUGGAUCACCUGGAGCGCUGCGCGUGGCUCCUCAGGGGGACGCUGGUGCGGGCGGCAGUGCGGCGCUACCUGCCCUGGGCACUGGUGACGUUCAUGCUGGCGGGCUCGCUCCUCAAGGAGCUCUCUCCGCUGCCGGAGAGCUACCUCAGCAACAAGCGCAACGUCCUCAAUGUGUAUUUUGUCAAAGUAGCCUGGGCCUGGACCUUCUGUCUCCUUCUGCCUUUCAUUGCUCUCACCAACUACCACCUGACGGGCAAGACCAGGCUGGUGCUGCGGCGGUUGAGCACCCUGCUUGUGGGCACGGCCAUCUGGUAUGUCUGCACAACCAUCUUCUCCAAUGUUGAACACUACACGGGCAGCUGCUACCAUUCGCCAGCCCUGGAAGGGGUCAGGAAGGAGCACCAGAACAAACAGCAGUGCCGCGGGGAAGGAGGCUUUUGGCACGGCUUUGACAUCUCAGGCCACUCCUUCCUGCUGCCCUACUGUGCCCUCAUGAUUGUGGAGGAGAUGGCCGUGUUGCAUGAGGUGAAGACGGACCGAAGCCAUUGCCUCCACACGGCCAUCACCACCCUGGUCGUGGCCCUGGGCACCCUGACCUUUGUUUGGGUGUUGAUGUUUCUGUGCACAGCUCUUUAUUUUCAUGACUUGCCUCAGAAAGUGUUUGGCACUCUGUUCGGUCUCCUGGGGUGGUAUGGGACAUACGGGUUUUGGUAUCAGAAGUCCUUUUCCCCAGGACUUCCUCCGCAGAGCUCUAGUUUCAGUCUGAAGCAAGACAGUUACAAGAAGUAAAAGAAACAAAAGGGGUGGCAGCAGAACAAUGGCUAAUAUAUUUUUCAUUUAUUUAUCUAAAUUAUUGAUCCUACCGCAGAGAGGAAGCUUACCAGGCAGUGUUGGUGUGUGGUGGCGGAGGCUGGGGAGCAAGUUUAGCCCCCAGACUAAUCUUGUGGCGUUAUCCUGUGUCACAAGCACCACCCUCCCAGCCAGGCACAUUUCGUCCUUGGCAGGACUUGAUCUUGGUCUGAACUCCCCUUUUGUCUCUAGAGGGCAGAGCAGAGGCUCAGCGAAAAGAGAGUCAGGAAAGCUUCCCUUGGGUGGCCGAGCGGAGGCCAGGGGCCUUAAGACUCUUAUCUGCUGCCAUCUUCCUGAUUUCUGAUUGUUUUAUGGUUUUAAUGUCUAUUAAUGAUAUUAUUUGAAAAUAUUUCCCUCUGGUCCAUUUUGCACAAGCAUUUAUUUCAGGCAGGGUUCUUUAUAAAAGAAGCAACUGCCCGAAGCAAACUCUGGUUGUAGUAUUUGUUAAUCCGUGGAAUGUUAAAUGUCGAAACAGGCCUGUUGAACCGGAGUGCCUCUGCGACCUAGUGUUGUAUGAUUUGAACGUCACAAACGUUGAUGAUUUUCUGUCAGUGAUUUCUAUUAUGUAUGUUGGUUUUUGAAGCAAUAAGGUUACUGUUUUUUCGUCCUUCUUGAGCGAAUGCUUUAUAGGUUUUAAUAACAACCGUGGCCAUUAUUCUUUGUCGACAAAACUGAGAAUAACUGACAGCGCCAGUGCUGCACUUCGGCAUAUGUGUAGAUUGUUUUGAGGGUUUGUUUAGCACAUGAAUUUACUUUUUAUAAACCAAAGUCUUGGCUUAUGGCAUUAAAUUCCGCCUCACAGGACUGUUUUCUCCGUGAAGAAUAAAACAGGAAAGCAGGUGCUUUAGUAGUAACUUGAUGAAUUUGAAAGCUGAGUCAGAUUAAUUUUGCAGAAUACACAUUUGUACGGAAAUGUUCCUGAGCACAUAUCAGACCGAACAGUGCUUCAGGGUCCUAUGAUAAGGACAUUGCUCGGUGGCCCAAGGCAUCUUUACUUAUUGAGCAAGAUUGUGAUAAUUCAGAAGUAAAAUAAAAUGUCUCCCAUUGCAUCAGAUGGCAAGAAGCCAGCCUGAUUGCAGAAAUGCCCUUAUUAAAUGGUGGCAUGGCUUUGGUCCCACCCACCUCUUGCACCUCCAACAAAAACAAACCUGGGCUGGGCCUCGAAUUUGCCCUUCUCCCCACACUCGCCUUGUCAUUCUGUGGCCUCUCUGAGAGUGCUGGGAAGGGUUAGAAAUCCUACCACCUCCAUCCCACAAAGGCACAGCUACCUGUAAGCAGAUCUCUCUUCUCCCCUCACCCAGGCUCUCCUUAAGGUCUCUCAGACUGAGCUCUUCGUGUUUUGGAUAAUCGCUCUUGAAGUGCUUUGAUGCCCCUCCCCACCCCCCCACCCCACCAGCCUGGUAAUAGCAUUAACUGAUAAACACUACACUUAACCAGCUUAACUCACGCUUAGGCUGUUAGGAGCUUGAGGCCUGGAAAUUGUUCAGGGUAAAUUUUAUUUUAUAUAAAGAUGUAUUUAAAAUACGUGGUUUGUGUGCUGUUAAGCCCCAGGUUAACUCGUGUUGAUCAUAUUGUGAGACCUGAUGUGUUGUACCCUAAAGUGGGAGAAACAUUGGCAGCAUCACCAUGGUGCUUCGGAAACACUUGGCAGGAUGUGAUAAGCCCCAGUGAGAGAAAUUUUUGCCCUCUGGAGUUUACAUCCAUAAACCCAGAGAGGUAGGUGCUUACUGAAGGGAUUGAAAUCUCUCCUAAAUUUCUUGUUUGGCACCUAAAAGCAACAGGCAUAGAGCAAUCUGGAAGUUCACUUGUGACACUUAAAUCUCCAGGGAUUUUCUCAUGCGUGUCUGAUUCAGGCUCAGCAUUAGACUAACUCUGGUGGGAAGUGUCGGUUACCAGAACUCCCGGAUCCGUGCCUUCUGUGUUGAUUAGUCUCCCACUACUUCUUGUUCAUCCUUAGCAUCCUUGCGUUUUUCUUGGGAACAUGCUCUAUAUUCCUGUUUCACACAGCAUGGUAUUAGGUGAAAGAGUUUGGACUUAGACCUGGAUUUAAAUCUUGGCACCACCACUCAGCUGUAGGACCAUGGGCAAGUUAAAUAUCUCCAGGCCUCGUUUUCUUCAUCUGUAAAGUGGAGAUAAUACACUUAGGAUUAAGGGAAAUGAUGCCAAUAAACUGCCCUGUGUGCUUAGCAGGCACUAAUCUCCCUAUCCACCCCACCCCCCGCCCCAUCCUUCUUGUCUAAGCCUUUAGAACUUUUUGGCUCUUCCAGAGAAGGCAAGGGAAACUAACAUUCUUCUUUUUGGUGCCAUUUGGGGUCUGGGUCUCCUCUUGAAACAGAUUCGUACUUUGAAAAGUGUCUGUUGUCCCCAGGUGCUAAACAAGAGGCUUUUGGAGGUAUAUCACAGGAUAUUGCCACCCUUGUUUUGCCUCUCCAUGUUGAGGUUCAUUCACUGAUGCCUCGUUUUCCACAUGCAUCUGUCGUAGUCUGGGUACCAGAUUGUAUUUAGAGAAUGGCUCUUGCCACUGUUAUAUACACACGGAUCAUGUGUGUAAACAAGCAAAUUAAACUAGAGAGAAUUAAAUUCCACAUGCCAGUGUUUCGUGUGUUGCUUUCUAAUACCCUCGAGGAGGUCCACUUAAUGUUAGCUCACUUUGUGAAAGUAGGCUAACUCUUCAACCGCUGGUCAGAUGUAGGGUGUUUCAUCGCUUUAGUUGCUCCUGUCUUCCCCUCUAGAUCCUGUAAACUAAGUAUUUGUUGAUUCAUUUAAGCAGGCCACAGACGUUCUUUGUUAUUUCUUAGCUUGACUUACAGUCCUGAGUUCUAAAUCAGCCAGAUUUGGGAGCAGUCCUCUUGGCAAAAGGAGAAGAGAUUGGCCUCACAGAAAGAACACUGAAGAACAGUUACAAAGUUCACAGUAACAAGGUCAUCUUUGAAAGCGCUUUGUAACCCUGGAGCCCUGCACAUACCUGGGAGCCUCUUAACGCCUUCCAGUGCUCACUCAUUUGUCAGCCUGACCUGCUUGGCACCCCCAGGUCGUGUCUGUCGAAAGUUCUGUGGCUGCAGGGUUAGAAUCUCCUCACACUGCAAAACUCCCCGGUUUAGAUUCCUUCAACUGCAAUAAACCCUUCUUGACUCCAUACUGUGAGCCAAGAACUGGGGUAGAAUGAUAAACUCCCUCCCUUUGUGGAGUUUGUGUCUGAAGUCCAUCCCUUCUGAGCCUAUAGGGUAUGCUGAGGUUGUGAAAAUGAAAUUGAUACAACUUUGCACUGAAGGCAUCUUCAGUCUUACAGAGAAGACAUAUCAGGGACCAGUAAUCAUCGCCAAGUGGUGCGUGCUGGGGCAAGGUCAAGGCCUGGGAACGUAGAGCAGGGAACACUUCACAAGACAGCAAUCCUUUUGAAGGGUAAGUGUUAAGGCGGUGAGAACAGCAUGUGCAAAGGCGUACAGAUGUCACCACAAUGCUCAUGCAGAUACCCCUUUUCAAGAAAUGGGACUUCCGUAUCAUUUUCUAAAGCAACUGAGAUUGAAGAAAGGCAGACGUAAAGAAGACUGUCAGUGGAGAUCCUAGAUGAGCCCUGUGACAGUAUCACGUGCUCUCAACUGGGUGUUAGAAUACCUGGCUUGGAGCUGGGUUCUGCUACUACUUUUUCUGCUUUUCUGUGUGACUUUAAACAAGUCACUCAGCCUCUCUGGGUCUCAGUUUCCUCAUCUGAAAAAGGAUGGGGGUGGCCUGAAUAAUCUCACCAACUCUUCUUAUCUUUUCUACUUUUCUCCUCUGUUCUGCCUGAUGAAAAAUUCUUCCCAAGCUGUUUAUGACUUUUAUUUUUAGGAAACAAUCCGAGAAGAAACUCCCACUCAGCUGAGGUGGCAGCUGGUUUCCUGGCAAGUGAGUGAUGGGGGAGCAUACUUCAGGUGCCCUUCCUCCCUCCCCGUCUUUUUCUCUGCACCAACACUAAUCUAGCUCAGACCUGUUGUUGUGAGGGCUCAUAUGGACUUACAGGACAUGGGAAGCUGAACCUGGUUCCCUAAUGGAAAGAUGGCAGGGACCUUAAAAAAAGAGUCUUUAAAAGUCAAAACUUUUUUUUUUAUUGUGCUUUAGAUGAAAGUUUAAAUCAAAACAUUUUUUUGUUGUAUUUUUAUUGUGCUUUAGAUAAAGAUUUACAGAGCAAAUUAAUUUCUCAGUAAACAAUACACAUAUUGUUUUGCGACAUUGGUUGCCAGUCUCACGACAUGUCAACACUCUCCCCUUCUCAAGCUUGGGUUUCCCAUUAGCAACUUUCCUGCCCCCUCCUGCCCUCUAGUCCUUGCCCCUGAUUUGGUGUGUCCAUUUAGUCUCAUUUUGUUUUAUGGGCCUGUCUAAUCUUUGGCUGAAGGGUGAGCCUCAGGAGUGACUUCGUUACUGAGCUACAAGGGUAUCUGGGGGGCCAUACUCUCGGGGUUUCUCCAGUCUCUGUAGACCGGUAAGUCUGGUCUUUUUUUGUGAGUUAGAAUUUUGUUCUACGUUUUUCUCCAGCUCUGUCCAGGACCCUCUAUUGUGAUUCCUGUCAGAGUAGUCGGUGGUAGUAUGCAGGCACCAUCUAGUUGUGCUGGACUCAGUCUGGUGGAGGCUGCGGUAGUUGUGGUCCAUUAGUCAUUUAAUCUUUCCCUUCUGUCUUUGGUCUUUGGUUUUAUUGAUUCUCCCUUGCUCUAGAUGGGGUAGGACCAGUAGGGUAUCUUAGAUGGCUGCUCACAAGCUUUUAAGACCCCAGAUGCUACUCACCAAAGUAGGAAGUUGAACAUUUUCUUUAUAAACUAUGUUGUGCCAAUUGAGCUAGAUGUCCCCCGAGACCAUGGUCCCAGCCUUCAGCCCAGUAAUUCAGUCCCCCGGGGAGUUUGGACGUAUCUAUGAAGUUUCCAUGACCUUGCCUUGAUCAAAUUUUGCUGCCUUCCCCAGCAUUAUGUACUAUCUUACCCCUCACCAAAGUUACCUCUUAUCUAUUGUCUAUUUAGUGCUUUUCCCUCCCGGCCCCUCCCUUCUCUCGUAACCAUCAAAAAUUCUUACUUUGUGUGUAAAUGAAAACAUUUUUGAUAGCUCUCAAAGAGAAGUUAGUUUCUGUUAAGAGAAGCUCUGUGCAAUUUGAACACUUUCAGAAAUAGUGCCAGGAGCCCCCAGAACACAGGUACUUUCAGACCUUGGUGGGAGGGUAAAUGGGUACUACCUGUUUAGAUGGUAAUCUAGUAAUGUCAGCAUUUAAAAUGUCCAGACCCAACAAUCUCAGUCUAGGUGUUCAGGCUCUGGAGAUGCUUGUAGAAGUGGGCAAGGAUAUAAGGAUUUUACUGCAGCUGGUUGUAGUAGUGAAAAACUGUCAAGAACUCAAAUGCCAGUUAGUUAAAUAAGUUAUGGUAACUAUAUUACAGA